AUGCAAUACACUGAACAUGACAUGAUUACUCGCGACUUUUUCGCUUGGAAUCCGAUUCACAAGGACCAUGCCACACUGGCAAGGUCCGUGAAGGUUUGUUUGCCUACCACUAACCCAAACAUCACAAAGGAAGAACCUGAUAAGGGUAGCUACAUGAAUUGUUCGGCACUCAUGAACUCGAUGGAAGUUAAAAUGGAUCAAAUUCAAGAUGGAACUCUCCUCGACACCAGUCAAAUCCGAUGGUACAACGAUCCCGACGACGAUACUCCACUGCCUGUGCUUCCCGCUCAGGCACGUCGCUCGACUCGUAUCCCACGCCCUGCACCCAAGCUUGUUGACCCCAACAACGCUGUCUUGCGCAAAUGCAAGGCUAGCAGGUCAGUGGCUACGAGUGAGGGCUCUGAGGAGGAAAGUGAAGGAGACCAGGAUAAUGGGGUAACUACAGAUGCAGCUACUGACAUGGAUCAUGAGACAGAUAUCGACGGCAUCAUCCCCUCCGAGUCUGAGUCAACAUAUCAAAAAACGAAAGAAAUGGGUAAUGCGGACCACCAGGGUGCAAAGCGGCACAAAAGCGAUUUGACUGCAGAUGCCCGGACCAUAUUCACUCGUGAGGCCAAGGCCAUAAAUCCUGAUACUGGCAAGGAAGAGACUGGCCAUUGGGCAGUGUUACUUCACUGCGUGCUCAUAUACGCAGACACAAGGACCAUGUCAGGAUUUACAAAGAACGCUGCAGCAAGCGUGGUAUCAAGCCACACGACCAAGCCCUCCCUUCGGAUGACCUAG